AUGCAUCCGCAAAUCGCUGGAGCAACUUCCGCCGCCGCGUCCUCAACGACAGCUCCUCCCGUUCCAACCGCGACUCUUCCGCCUGCACAGCUCGAGUCUGGCUCUGGGCUUGAGGAAGCUUUUGCGGUAUGUCACGACGGCUGGGGCCGAAUGAACGGCGGGCUGCUCAGAAAGACCAGCACCGUCCAAGUACCUUACGUCCGCCUGCGCGUGCCGCCGUACGACAAACACCUCGUCCUGGUCCGUGACGUCUACACGGAGAUAUACGCUUGGCUCUGCAAGAAGAUGGAGGAGAUGCGGAGCCUCGAGCGCUCGGCAGCUGUCCACCUUGUUGUUUCCGGCAAAUCGUCCAUCAUCCCGUACCUGCAAGCAGCCCUGUUGGAACAGAGUCGACCGGUCUUCUACCACGUCCUCGGCAGCGACAAGGUCGUCCUCUACAAUGGCACGGCAAGCGCGGUGUGGACGAAGCCCGCCUUCGCUAAUCUUACACCUUACCCACCUGUCGUCUGCCUCGUCGAUGCCAAGGGCACAUCGUGCGCCAGCGAAUCGCAGGACAUCUGGGAGAACAGGAACGUUCUCUACGUUCUUGCGGCUUCGCAUCAGCAGGCGCCACACAAGGCCUUAGAGAAGACGCACGGCGACACAUACUACUGGACACUGCCAUGCGCGGGCAAGGAGGAGGUUGAGAACAUUCUCCUCUUGAGACGCCUCCUUGAAGUCUCUACUACCAAGGAGAUCACUGUGACCACCGAAUUCUUCCGGCUCAGCGACCACCUUUACCCGACCGCAGGUCUUUCCGGAGGAGCUGCCUACGAUGCCAGUCGCACCGGCAUUCGAUUCAGGGAUUUCAACAACUAUCAUCAAGCCAGCAAGCUGCGCUCAUCCGCACAUGCCAAGGAGUAUCUGGAAGAGCUGCACCCACAGGCGAGCCUUGAGAUCGACAUUGGCGGCGACUGUUUCUACGUCAAGCCAGGUGACUACUUCACUCCGCUAGAGAUUCAUCACCUCCUCGGCCCAAGCUUCAGGCUCUGCUUGGACACGCAGACCAAGAAGGGCGCCAACCCUGGCGACGAGCUCCGCAGCUUCAUCAAGCUCUCCUCCUUCCCGCUCCGCCACUACAUCGACCUGUUCAGCGGUGCUGCAUUUGAUCCUGCAGAUGAGCCUGGCGGUCAUCAUCUCUUUAGCUACGAGAUGCCGCAUAGGUCGCAACCCUCAGGUGGACACCCGAGUUCUGCAAGGGUGAUGCCGACCCGCUUCCUCUGGGCAGCGCUUCGCGAACGCCUCACGGACUUGACCUUGUAG